GGAAUGGCAGUUCCAUCGUUCAAGAAAUGUGUAGUUUUUUGGUUGAACUCUCAAAUUGUAUUGUACAUUUCUGUGGAUUUGUAUUCAAUGUUUAAUGGAUGACAGAAGGAAUCUUGCCUCUGAAGUAAUAAUUAGUAGCGUAAAAUGAAGUUGUACAGGUAUCUCACUCUGCAGCGAACUUAACAAAAGCAAGCCUUGGGAUUGAGAAACAUGCUGCGGGGAAGCAAGCGCCGCCCUCUUUCCAAGGCAUUUUCCCAAGCCGUGCCGUCUUGGGUUGUGGUUCCCCGUCAGAUCUGAUUCGACUACUCAAAUGCAAAAAAACAAUAUAAUAAUGAAGGAAUACAAGAGGAUAGCGACGAAAAGAACCCAAAAUAUGGUUCACAUGACAAGGAAAAGAGGGAGAAGGCUAACCUUAUUCUAAUGACCAAGACGUUUUAGAAGUUCAAGAAUUCAAGUUUUCAGCAACCGAGAACGUUUUUGAAGCCAUAUAAUAUGGGUCCUUUAGGAGCGAGCUCUGUUGAUGGAAGUGAUCAGCCCCAAAGUCAGAUCAGUGGCCUCGAGUCCGUUCACUUCACCGAAUAUCGGGGUUUUGCUCAAGAUCAAGAUCAUUUCAUGGAGCCAAGAAACUGGUUUGCCUGUUUCUGUUCGGAUUCGAGUUGGUGAUAGGAUUUUCAACCUACACAAGCAUCCUCUCCUGUCAAAGAGUGGAUACUUCCAGAAAAGGUUGAAUGAAUCGACCGAGUAUGAGCUCCCAUCGGACUUUCCCGGAGGACCCGAAACCUUUGAGUUACUAGCACUGUUUAUCUAUGGCUCGUCUACUCUUGUAGAUCCUUUUAACGUAGCAGCCCUCCGUUGCGCUGCAGAGUUUCUUGAAAUGACAGGUAAUUAUUGUUCCAGUAAUCUAUGUGAGCGGUUCGAUAUCUAUUUGAAUCAAGUGGUCUUCCAAAGCUGGGACGAUACACUAAUUGUACUCCAAAAGUGCCAACAAUUGCUUCCCUGGUCUGAGGAUCUGUUAAUUGUAAGUCGUUGCAUUGAAUCGCUCGCCUUCAUGGCUUGUAUGGAGAUCCUUGACCCCGAGAGAAGACGAGACCAACCAGUCGUAACUAUAGAUGCAUUGGCAAGUCAGGUUUGGAGCUGUGAAAUGGUAAAAGAAAUCUUGUGCCAUGAUCUUUGGAUCAAGGACCUUAUAGGGCUACCAUUUGAAUUCUUCAAAAGAGUAGUGGGAUCCCUGAGAAGACAAGGUAUGAAAGAAAAAUAUGUGAACCCGAUCAUUGUCUUCUAUGCGAACAAAUGGAUUCUUUCCGAAAAAACACGCCAAUACUGGGACGGUACUGACGAGAAGAUCGAUGAUGAAGCAAAUGAAAAGGUUUCAUUUAUUUUACAAGGUCUUCUUGAUCUUCUUCUGCCUAUGGGACAGAGGACCAGUAGAGUGGUUCCAGUAGGCUUUUACUUUGCCUUGCUUUCCAAAUCACUUGAAAUUGGCCUCAAAAGCAACAGCCUGCAAAAACUGCUAGACCAGAUAGCAUCAGUAUUACAUUUUGCACAAGUGGAAGACUUUCUCCUUCCAAAAGCCGGGACAGACUCGAUAUCUUCGAGCAUCGAGUUAGCUACGAUGGAGAAGAUAUUAGAGUCGUUUGUAUCUUCGAACAUGAAAAUGAAUCACAACCCUUCAGGCAGCAACUCAAUUGUGGCAGAGUUGUGGGAUGAAUAUCUGACCUACAUAGCUCCUGAUCCGAAACUUGGACAAAAACAAUUUGUCGAACUCAUCGAUAAAGUGCCUGCGUUGUGGCGAGAGAGUCAUAAUCACCUUUAUAGGGCAGUGAAUACAUUCCUGCAGGCACAGUCACAACUUUCCCAAGAGGAAAAAUGGGCAGUCUGCAAGUACCUCAACUGCCAGAAGCUAUCACAAGAGGUAUGCAUUGAGGCUGUGCAAAAUGAGUUGAUGCCGCUUCGUCUGAUAGUCCAGGCGCUUUUCGUUCAGCAAUUGAAUACUCAACAGGUGUUCAAAGAGUGUUCGAGCUCAUUUAGGUUUGCACAUUAUGGAGAGUUCUCCGGGAGCCUUUCAAGCUCUAGAUUUCCGAACUCGAACAGCCAGAACCUACGUGACAGUCCUUAUACAGAUGGAGCUGAUCCAAGGCGAACAUUAAGUUUCUUGCUACACAAGGACCAUGUGAUGCAGACGCCGCAUGAAUCCUCAAGAAAGGAGUACGAGUCGACAAGUUUCCGAAUCAUGAAUCUGGAACAAGAGCUGAUUUCCUUGAAGAAGAGUAUUCAGAGGCAGACAUUAUCAAAGAAAACAGAGACAAUAUCAAGCAGCAAAGCAGAAGGAAGAACAAAACUGCCUGAUGUGGAAAGUAGUAGAUACUCGAGCAAGAAACGAAACUCACAUGAACAAGUGACGGGGUGCAUCGGCUCAGUUAACUUUUCGAAUGAACGAAACUAUGCAAGUCGUCUGUUUAAGAUCUUCAGAGGAAUACGCCUAUUUGGAGGUAGGAAACAGAAAAGAAAGCCAGGAUUUCCCGCCCUUUGGCGUCGAUCGAUGUAUCAGAUUAACCAUCGACUGGAUUUGUAAAUGAGAACUCAUAACAGGUCUUUAGAAACCAGUUAUGGAGAAUAUAUAAAGAAUCUCCUGGAAACUUAAGUAUGGUAAGAAGAAGUAAAGGAAGUAGCCAUUUACUAAAA